GAUGAAACCGAAACAGAAACAGAGGACGAGUACAAGUUUACAACGCCAUUCGUUGAGGAAGCUCAAGGAAACCUCCUCCUUCGGGCGGCGAAGGAGAACGGGUACUUGUUUUUUCUCCAAGUUUCUAUAAGGUAUAUUUAUACAGACCUGUUCUCCUCCUACCUAAGAAUUUCCUCCUGGUGGGUUUUCUUGACAUUAUCGAUCGCUCUCGUCCUUUACCAAUCCUAGUCAUCGAUAAUUUUUGAUUGGUUACAAGUGGGGAUUGAUCCUUUGGUAUUUAAUUCAAGUGGGUAUUCUUUAGAUUGGUUGUUCUCAAGCGGGUGUUGAUCGAAAUAUCAGUUUUCGUUUUUCUGUAGAAAAUCGGUUGGUAUUGAUCAAUUUAAAGUGGGUAAUGGUGUUUGUGGAGCUUUGUUAUAAUUGAAGGUGGGCUUUUGGAUAUUUGAUCUACCUAAGCGAGUUGCUCUGUGCAUUGUUAAUGUAUCUUGCCGUCAUUGAAGAGGAAGAUUGGCUUGCGAACCUGCCCGCUUGGUUUCUGGGUGUUCUCAGGCCACUUUAUCUGCCCUUCGAACAGAAAGCCUUUUCCUUUUGUAUUCCUAGAGAUAGAUGGGAUAAGGAGUUCUUUAAGCUGCAGGGUGGCUGAUAAGAACUUGUCGAAUCUACAAAGGCUGUUAGUCAAUUGGUUUUAAGUGAUUUAAGAUGGGUUCUUCGCAAGGUUCCACGUUAUCAUCAAAUGUCGCAGGGCUUGUCGAUGGUUCAUCGGCUCGGAAAGAGAUUUCAUAUCUUGACAGUAUGCCUGUUUAUGUUAAGGAGCUGAUUGCUGGAGGCGCAGCGGGAGCAUUCGCUAAAACUGCUGUUGCACCCCUGGAACGGAUCAAAAUACUCUUGCAGACAAGAACGGGAGGGUUCCAUUCUCUUGGGGUGUUCCAAUCUUUGAAGAAGUUACUGAAGCACGAAGGUGUUAAAGGAUUCUACAAAGGAAAUGGAGCUAGUGUUAUUCGGAUUGUUCCUUACGCAGCCUUACAUUUCAUGGCGUAUGAGCAGUAUCGAUGUUUGAUCUUGAACAACUAUUAUGCAUUAGGAUCAGGGCCCCUUAUUGAUCUUUUAGCUGGUGCUGCAGCUGGAGGAACAGCAGUUUUAUGCACAUAUCCUUUAGAUCUGGCUCGUACCAAACUUGCUUAUCAGGUUGUUGACUCUUAUGGUAUGAAGAGUAAUCAUGCUCAACCUGCAUAUAAUGGCCUAAGAGAUGUACUCAGAAGCGUGUACAAGGAGGGAGGAAUGCGUGCACUUUAUCGAGGUGUAGGCCCAACACUCACUGGAAUCCUUCCUUAUGCUGGGUUAAAGUUCUACAUAUACGAGGAACUCAAGAGGCAUGUUCCCGAAGAGCAUCAAAAGUCCAUUGUGAUGCGUCUUUCUUGUGGAGCUCUAGCUGGUUUAUUCGGGCAGACCUUCACAUACCCACUAGAUGUUGUUAGGAGACAGAUGCAGGUUGAAAAUCUGCAACCUUCAGUACAUGGAAAUGUCAGAUACAGAAACACAUUAGAAGGUCUUACUGUUAUUGUUCAUAAUCAAGGAUGGCGACAGUUGUUUGCUGGGCUGAGCAUUAACUACAUGAAGAUUGUUCCUUCCGUUGCAAUUGGUUUCACCGCAUACGACAUGAUGAAAUUUUGGCUCCAAAUUCCACCUCGAUCGAAGACUCGAGCAAUAUCUGCUGCCUGAAGAAUGCGUCGGUCUUAUGACUAUUGCGAUUUAGGGACUAGCCAAAUCUUCUUACAAUAUAGUAGAUGACUACACCAAGUGUCCUCAUUGCCACUGUAACAGAAGCUCGAGAUGUUCAUUCUCUAGGCUACAACAGGUCACUUUUCCUGGCUUUAUGACCAAAAGAAUCAUGGAAUUGGAUGAUCAACUUAUUUGUUCUAUUUCUUUUAUUAGUAUUAUCAGCUAGUUAUUCACUGUUGAGAAAC